GGUAUGUUUUUGUUGUUAAUUCUCGAAUACCCCAGACCCUGUCAUUUUCUCUUCUUCUCCCAAAAGACCAACAUCACCGCCUCCCUCUCCCCAUCGCACCACGCCGCUCCUAUCCUCUUCCCAUUCUCUCCCCCAGCCAGCGAAGGCCUCACAAGGCCGCCUCACCUCCUACUCGCAGCCUCCCUCUUCUCCUUUCUCCCCUCCGCCUCCACUCUCUCGCUCUCAUCUACUGUCUCAGGCAAAAUCUCAUCGUGGAGACGAGCAAAGACAGUGCCGCCUCUGUCUCCCCAUCCCUCCGUCUCCAUUUCCCCUUCAAAUCCUAAGAAAAAUCCCCAUCGAUGAACUUCGGCCAGUAGUCAAAAGACUCUUCAAAAUCUGAGAUUUGGGUGUAUAUUUAAGAUCUAAUUUAUUUUAGAGACGGAUCAGGUACCUACUAAGGCAAGAAGGGUGUCAAUCAAGCAUGUUUUCAGAGAAGCUAAUGGAGUAGCGGAUCAACUAGCAAAGAAAGGAUGCGAAUUAGAUAUUUUUGGAAGCUUAAUGAUGUACCUCAUUCCCCGCUUUUAUUAUUUCUGUAUUUGAUAGAAACGACUCUUACGUAUAUUUAUUAAAUAAAUCCUUUAUCACCAAAAAAAAAGAUCUUCUAAUUCGCUCUGCUAAACGACCCCUUACUAAACAGUAUACACUAUACAAAACUCGUCAAAAUCUCGAUCGAGCAGUAAGGACGAAAUGAAUCCAUUUCCUCCGGCAUCACCCUUACAACUGCCAUCCUCCUCCACCUUUCCGCCGCCACCUCUACCACUGCAACCAUCGUGCACCUUUCCGCAACCACCACCUUACUUUCACCACCACACUCCAACCAGUGCUCCGACUAAUGAUCUUCCUAGUGCUCUCUCAUCCCUUACAUCUCUCCUCAAUCUCUCUUCAACUACUCUCCACUCUCUCUCCUCUCUUCUUCCUAUACCCCUUCUUGUUCCCUCUCCAACUCUAAUCCCAUGUCCUUUCAAUCGCAACCAUCGUCUUCCCCUUUCUUCCCUCUUCUCUCACUCCCUUCAUUGCCCACCCAUUUCCUCUUCAUCCGCCGAGUACAUUCAAACCCUAAUCCAAAACCUCAAAUACCCCCAAACCCUUCACUCAUCCAAUUCCUUUACCUUACCCUUAUGCGAAUCUCAAUCUGACCUUUGCUUCUCUCUUGAAACCUACCUCAAUUUUGAAAAUCCCACUUUUUUCUAUUCUAAUUGUCCUGGGGUUGUUUCUUUUCCUAUUAGGGGAGACAAUGCCACUCCUCCAAUGCUGACUUUGCUCACAGUUUUAUCUUCAGAAUGUGCUAAUUUUGGUGAAAAUUUGAUGGUAUUUCCGAAAGAAAUUGUUAUUCAGCUUCUUCCUUCGGAGGUUUAUGCAAUUAGGAAUGAAACAGAUCGUUGGGAUGAGUUUCCUUUUAUGUAUUCAUAUCGUGUUCUUCGUGCAAUUUUAGAAUUAGGGAUGACUAGUGUGGAGUGUUUAUCUACAUGGGUAGUUGCUAAUUCAGCUAGGUAUUAUAGUGUUGUACUUGAUUUAGCAAUGAGGGAUCAUAUACUUGUACUGUUUAAGCUUUGUUUGAAGGCUAUAGUUAGGGAAGCUAUUGAUUUAGCUAGUACAUUUUGCAAUGGAGAAGCUGAGGAAUCAGUUUUGAGUAACCAGAGUUUUAAGUGUCCUGUCUUAGUUCAAGUCUUGGUGUGGUUGGGAUCCCAACUUUCCGUGUUAUAUGGCGAAAUGAAUGGGAAAUUGUUUGCUAUCAAUAUGCUAAAACAAUGUAUCUGUGAUUGUGCAUUUAGUUCUUCUAUGUUCAAUGAAUCUACUGAUAUGAAAAGUGGGGAUGACAACCUUCAAGACCCACAGGAAAGUGGUGAACCACUUAAAAGUAGAAUGGGGAAUGAGGGAAUAAAUGUAUCGGAUGAAACACUCUCUAAAAGCUCGAUUUCUGUAUCCCAAGUAGCAGCAGCUGUUGCAGCAUUGCAUGAACGAUCUAUGCUUGAAGACAACCUCAAAGCACUAAGGAGUUUACCAUCACUUCCAGCUUACCAACGGUUGAUGGAGCACACUUAUAUUUCGAAUAAAGCAAAUGAGGAACGGCAAAAACGCCCUAAUUACAAAGCGUUGGUUGAACAUGAUGGACUUCUGUGGCAGCAUUCACGAAAUAAUCAGGACACAAAUAGAACAAAAACGAGGGAGGAAUUAUUAGCUGAGGAAAGGGAUUAUAAACGUAGAAGAAUGUCAUAUCGCGGAAAAAAGUUGAAGCGGUCAACAACACAGGUUAUGAGGGACAUAAUUGAGGAAUACAUGGAGGAACUCAGGCAAGCAGAUCCCAUCAAUUGCUCAACAAAAGGAGCUGAAGAGACCAAAGUUCUGCCGUCCGCAUCCUACACACUGGAUAAUUAUUAUACGGAUAAAGCUGAGUCUGGAAAGAGGCAGCUGGAUUCGUCUUCUUUUAGCAAAGGAAGGGAGAGUGAUUAUAGGGAAGAGUUUCAUACUGAUGGAGGAGUCAAUUCAACAGAUUUCAAAUAUGAUUAUCCUGAAAAUAUGGAAAAAGCAUCUCAGUGGCAUCAUCGACAUUUAGUAGCCGAGAGAAGUAAUGGGAGGUCCAGACAGGACAGAAAAGAUUACUCUAGAAGCCCAAAUCAGCGAAGCAGUGGUGCCUAUUUGCGUGAAACAUCGAUCAGCCAAGAGAAGAGAAACUAUUCAAAUGAUUCUAGAUAUAAUUUUUCCAGAAGCUCCAGCAGGAGGUACCACAAAUCAAUUGACAAAAGUAGUCCACACAGGGAGGGAGGUGAUCGUCAUUGAAGAGCGAUAUGAUCCGUCUGGACCUUAGAAAAACUGUGAGAAAAUGUCCCGCUAUUGCAGCUAGUUCUCUGUUUGUCAGGUUAAUCUGGCAAUGUGUUGAUAUUGGAACGGCAUCACCAUCAGAUUUGUUGUGACUGGUCUUAUCAGAAAGAAUUUCCUGUGACUGGUGCUUUUUGUGAUCUACCGGUCAAAUUGGCUAGUAGGAAGUCAUGCAGGUGUCCGCAGUUUAUCCACUUCUGUAUCCUUCCAUGUAUCCUUUAUAUUGUUUUUUCUUGGCAUUAUCUUAGAUUUAUUGUUCUCCGUCCUUUUUCCCUAUCCAAAGAAAUAAUUUUCUCUUGGAUUUUCAAGUGGACUUAGGGUAUGGCUAGAACACCAGUGAUAAUGUUCUUCAUGUGCACAUGAUAUAGUAAGUUGUUCUUUUCCAUAGUGCUGGGUAUAACUUGACCUGAAACAGAAACAUAUUUUGCAGAAUUCCUUUUUUAUUGUUGGAACAAAUAUUGUUGCACAACUUUAAUGCUAAAUCCUUUUGGUUUGUUGGUUAAGCUUCAAUGUACAACUACAAGUGUAAACACAAGUUAUUAAUGUAAGAUUUACUUGUUUACAUGCUUGGUUCAUGAUUGGGUGAAGUAUCUGGUUUUAAGGGCCUCAAAACUUGGCUGUAGGCUUGUUGAAGGUGACACUCCAGUUAUGAGAUAUGCUUGUAUAACUGUACUAUUACUAUAUAGAAAUAGUGCAUAGUAUUAUGGUAGCAAUAGUUUUUUCCCUUUACAUAUAGGUAGUAUCAUGUAUGUUAGUCAUAUUACAGAGGACCUGGUAGAAGACUACUGCUUGGUGCAGCUUCAGGUGUAGGCUUUUUAGUUGCAAUCUAAUUGUUUUUGUACUUCCAACAGCGGUUAUUGAAAUUGGGGCAGCCACAUCUGCACUCUGAUUGUCGUUGUACUUCUAAUGACACAAUAUUUAGAAGGUGCGAGAGCCACACCAAAAGAUUGGAUUCCCGUAAUCCUUGAGCACUUUAAGCAUCUCCAAUCAGUUUGAUUGUUUUAGACAAGUCUUAUAGGGAAUUUUAAGUUGGCAACUAUAAUAAAAUCAAGAUGCCUUGAGGUACCUGAAUUGUGCCAGUUAGAAGAAACUUGUUUUUUGCUAAAGUAUCUAAUUAUAAGCACUUCAAGACUGAUAUGAAAGUAUAAGGUAUCAGGCUCUUGGGCCCUCUGUUGACUUGACGUAUGUAUGUUGAAGAUGAAAUAUGAUAUUAUACAAGAAUAAGACACUAGUUUUAUGGUAGCAAUCUUUUUCUAAAUGCAUAUUGGCAAGUACCAUGUGCAUUAGGUAUAUUGCAGAAAACAUUCCUGGUAGGAGAUACACUUGAUGCUGCUUCAGGUGUAAAAUUUUCAAGUUGCAGUCUAAUUGUUUUUUUGCUUUUAAUUGCAGACUUAGAAAGUGAGGCGGUCACAAUAAAUAUGGCCACACUAAUACCCAAGUGAAGCCUUGGGAGCUUGAAGCGUCUCCUAAUUAGUUUAAACAGGUUUUGGAGGAUUCUAAGAUUAGGCAACUAUUGUCAUAAACUUUUAACGCCUUUGUAUACACUGAAUUAUUUUUUAUCAUAUGAAGAAAUUUGCUUCUCUUUU